AUGCAGAAUUUCAUAUCCAGACCUUAAAAAAUUAAUACCAAUGAAUUUGGACAUCGUAGAGAAGAUAGCUUCGACUAUAAUGAAUUUAAAAAUUUGGCUUCCAGUUUAAUCACGAGUUAGCAUCAAAAAGAAUGGAAUCAUCAGCCCAGACUUACAUAAAUACUUCUAAAUUAGAGUUUAACUGUAAUGUUUGAUGGGGUAAUAAUUAAAGAAUAAUGCACUUUAUAUCCAAAUGUUCUUAAAAUAGAUACUCAUUACAUUCAACUUUCAUAAUAUUAGAUAAAGAGGAAAUAAUUGAUUCACAAUAAUAAAAAAUGUUAUCUUCUUCUACUUGGGAAUGAUAUUAUGCUAUUCUUUAGUAAUUUUGAUAUUCAGAAACAUUGGUAUAAUUAGAUUAAGCAAUUUUGCAUAAUGAAAAACUUACUAGUCAAAUAUCGGUUAUAAGAAUAAUUAUUCUAAGAUUUCUACUCUAUCAUUAAAAAGAAAGUAAGAAAAAUGUAAAUAUCUAAAGAAUCGAUAAUAGUUUUCUGCCUAUAUUAUAAACAAACAAUAACCAUACCUUGAAGAAACUUUUGGAUUAUUACAUGAGAGCAAAAAUCAUUCGAUUCUCAAAAUCAGGAGGAUUUAUGAAGAUACCAAUAAUUAUGUCAUGAUCACUGAAAGGUUUGAGGGAGAACCAGUCUUUAAUUUCUUACUUGAGAAUAUAUAAUUCAUGGAAGUAUAAGUAGCAACAGUAUGAUCGAAUACAUAUAGUUUAGUUGAUUUACUAGAUCUUACUUUUAUUACGAUAUUUGAAUGAGCAUUAGGCAUAUCAUGGGAAUAUCAAUGCAUUAAACAUAUUAAUCAAUAGAGAAAGUCAAUCUUUAGAAAUUGCAGUAAUUGGAUUUAUAUACAAUGUAAAUGGAUAAAUAUAAUUGAUAGGCAUUUAAAUAAGGAGAUGAUAUAAGUGAAUAUUUGAAAUGGGUCAAUCUAAAUAAAUAUUAUUGGAGUGGUUUUGAAGAAAAUUAAAUACCAGGAAUACAUUCUGAUCUAUAUCAAUUAGGAGUUCUACUUUAUAUUAUUACAUUUUAUACAAAAAUUAAUCAAGAUUUGAAAGUAUGCACAUUAAUAAUAAUAGAGGAAAAGUGACCCUUAUAAAUUGUUUUAAAAGUAUAUGAAGGAAUUAGUAAUAAAAUAUGAAUUGAUAGAUGAAACCAUAGAAGUCUUAACAUGUUUAAUAUUAAUAUUUUAUUUAGAGAUGAAAAGUCCAGAUUCAUAAUAUGUACAUGUUUUUUCAUCAAGUCAAUUAGAUUUAAUCAAAAAAUUAUUAUCUAAUUGUUCUUUGUCAGAUGCUUUAACACAUUAAUGGUUUGUUAAUGCUAAAUAAAAAGCUAAACCUCAUAAUUAACGUUAAGGAUUACCAACUCUAAAAACUAUAAUAGAAAUAAAAGAAGCUAGUGAUGGUGAAGCAAGUAAAUCAUAAACUAAAAGAUUCAGUAUAUAAAGUGACAUGUAUGAUUCAAGUAAGAAUAAUUAUGAUAUUUAAGUGGAUGAGUGUCCAACUGUCUCAUAUUUGAUGCGAAACAUAUUAGAUUAUGAAAAGGCGCCAUGUAAAACUCAUCAUUCCUGA